AAUUUCAACAGAAGUAUGUAUUUUCAGCCUACGGGCGUGAUUGGGAGACAUUAUAGCAAUCCACUAAAAGCGAGUGAACACCAGAUCAAAACCUAAAGCCUUCAAAGAACUGAGAAAACGAAGAAGUCUCUGCGAGAGAACUUUGCGAAGCUCUUCCUGCUAUGGCGUCGAGCUUGCGAUCCAAUCCAAUAGUUCUCGUACUUUUCUUGGAGAUGUGCUUCACUCUUAUAUCUUCCUCGCUCGCAAUUUCUCAUAGUUCCGGUGAUGGUUACACUAUUCAUGGUCGAGUGAAGAUCCCAAGUAUUGGGUCUAAAGGAUAUGGUCUUCCUGGGAAAAUAUCAAAUAUCAAAGUUAUACUUAAUGGUGGCCAUAAGAUUACCUUUUUGAGGCCUGAUGGAUUUUUCUCAUUCCAUAACGUGCCAGCUGGGACUCAUCUAAUUGAAGUGGCUGCAAUAGGCUAUUUCUUUUCACCGGUCCGAGUUGAUGUUAGUGCCAGAAACCCUGGGAAGGUACAGGCAGCGCUGACAGAAAACAGGAGGGGAUUAAAUGAGUUUGUUUUAGAGCCGUUGAGCGAAGAACAGUAUUAUGAGAUAAGGGAACCCUUCUCCAUAAUGUCAGUAGUAAAAAGCCCAAUGGGUCUGAUGGUUGGAUUUAUGCUGAUUGUUGUGUUCCUAAUGCCUAAGUUAGUAGAGAACAUGGAUCCCGAAGAAAUGAGGCGAGCACAAGAAGAAAUGAGAAACCAAGGAGUUCCAUCUAUAGCAAACUUAUUACCUGGUGCUGGGAGGAGCAAUUAGGAAGCAAAAUUUGAUUGCCGCAGACCAUGCAUGCAAGAUCCGGGGCUUUUUCGUGAUCAGAAGCUUAGAUAGAUUGCUAAACAUUAAGGUCACUAGGAUUUUGUUUUUUCAACGAAACUCUACAUAUAGAAAAUUAACCACAAAAAUGCAUUUGUUUUUGUUGAAUCCUGUGAUUGGGUACAAGGCUUUAGUGUUGGCCUUGAUAAAAUUCUGGUUACGGUUGAACUUCCAUAAAAAUUUGAGUAGGUUUCAAUGUUUGUGCUUUGAUGCUGACGAUCAUCAAGUAAUUUCAUGAUUUAUGUAUUAAUUUACAGUUGGAGCA